AUGAACUUGCGGUUUUUUCUCCUAAUAACCGCGUUUAUCGCGACAACUACGUCAUCGAUAUUAUCCUUGAAUCAUCGUGAGAACUUUCUGUGUCCAAAGAAUUGUGAAUGCCAUGAGGAUACGAAGAAGAUCGACUGUCAGCGACAGGGCAUCGGCUACUUUCCGACUGGUAAGUUGGGGAUGAUAUCAAUAUAUUGAUGUUUUUAUAGAAAUUAGGUAUCAUAUGUAUCUUAUAGCUAAAUUUUUUGGUUGUUCAAAUAAUUCUGGACCCCGGAUUCUAAAAAACUGCUAUAUGAAGGGGCACAGAAUUAUUUGAAUAACAUUAUAGAUAUCAUAUGGUUCUUAUAGCGAAAUUCAAUUUUUGUAGCCUUAAUAUUAACUAUAGAAUACUAAAUAUAACUAUUUUAGACUUACCUCGAGAUGUAAAAGUUCUCGAUCUUCGCUACAACUCAAUCCGUCGCCUCAGCCGUUCAGAUCUUCGUGGACUAGACCACCUAGAGACUUUACUUUUAGGUAACAAUCAAAUUACUCACCUGGACGAAGUAAGUUACUCUAUAAUAACAACAAGACAGUAAUUUUAAUUGGAAAUUUUAUUGUUGCGAUUUUUGAAUAAUUAACAUUUUUGACGAAAUGUCACAAAAAUUAUUGAUUUUUGUAAAAUCUGCUAUUUAAGCAAAAUUACUUUUUUAAACAUUCAUAAGUGAGGAAUUUUAAGUAAAAAUUCAUUUUCAGGAUAUUUUGGACUUUGUCCCAUCCCUGCGACGCCUCUACAUCGGCCGCAAUCAACUUCGUAACCUGCCUCGUCUAACCUCACAUCAGUUCGGAGCUCUGUUAGUGAUCGAUGUUCACGGCAACAAACUCCAUCACAUAAGCAAAGAAGCCUUUCGUGGCUUAAUUGGCCUGGAACGAGUACAUAUUGGCCACAAUUACAUUCAAUAUGUUGAUUUUGACCGAAUUUUUAAAAGUUGCGAGAACUUAAAAAUCUUGCAUUUGUCGCAAAACCCGUGGAAUUGCGAUUGUCGCGCCAGAACUAAUGCUCAGUACUUGAAGCACCAGAGUGAUGACAUUGAAGGAGAUUCACCUGCCAAGUGUUACAACCCGCCCGAGAUGAGGGGUGCGACAUUGAGAGAGUUAAGCGACCAACAACUGAAGUGCUUUGAAGUUGCCGCAACCAAAGUUGGCGACGGAUUUAUUGUGGAUUGUGAUGCGACAGAGAAGAGCACCAAAACUCAUUAUUUGUAUAAGUAAGUUGUUAUUUGUCAAGAUUGAAGUUAAAAUUUGCUUUUUGACGAAGUGUCACAAAAAUUAUUGAUUUUUUAGAAUUUUCAACUUUUCUUUGUUUUUAUGCAAAUGUUCAAAACUUUAAAAUAACAGCAGUUUUUAAAUAUAAAUAGCUGUAAGUUUACAUAUUUUCAGUGGUCAUCACCUUGACAUCAAAGCCGUAGGCGCCUUCGAGCUUCUCCCCAACGGCUCUUUGGCCAUUUAUCAGCCAGAUUUCCACUUCUAUCGCCUCGAAUGUGCUCUAGACUAUCCAGUUGGAGUGUCACGUCAACCGCGCCAUCUGACCGACCAUGCUCGCCAAAAGUACGGUAAACCCCGAUUCACGUAUCAGUCGUUCCAAAAGCGAAGCUUCCGUGAAGGCUCUACGGCGUCGCUUUCUUGUGAAGUGAAUCCAGAAACCCCGGCUCAAGUCUACUGGACUUUCAAUGGUAAGCGUCUCACUCCGUCGCGGAAACAUCAGAUCAACAACAACGGACAGUCUCUAGAUGUGUAUCCUUUCUUGGAGCAUGAUGUGGGGGAGUGAGUUUGUGUUUUGUACUGAAUAGUACGUACUAUUAGGUUGUUUAAAUAGUCCUGUGCCCCCUAAACUCAAAAAAAAUCUUUUAAUAAGAGGUGUAGAAUUAUUUGAACAACCUAAUAUAUAGUAUCUUAUACUGUACUAUUACCUACGGUAUCAUAUUCUUAAGUACCUUAUACUACUGUGUUAUCACAUUCCGUACCAUAUACUGAACAACCUAAUUUUCAGAUACGAAUGCACGGCCUACAACAACUACGGUUCCGUAAGUCAUCGUGGCCGAGUUGGGAUCAUCAGUAGCAGUCCGCCUGUCAUCCAUACUGGCCCAGCCAACCAAAAAGCUCGUCCAGGACAGACCGUUAGACUGAACUGUGAAGCGACUGGAAAUCCAAAGCCUAAAAUAACAUGGUCUUUCGAAGGAAGCGACAUUCCAUUGUUCAAGGGCCAUUAUCAGGUAUGUUUUUAGAUUAUUUUUAAUUUUGACGAAAUGUCACAAAAAUUAUUGAUUUUUUAAAUAACGAAAAAGAGUUAUUUCGAUGAUAAGGAUAGAUGUAAAAUGUCCAGGAUAAGCUGAAAUUUGAUGCUUAAUAUUUUUGACGAAAUGUCACAAAAAUAAUUGAUUUUUAAUUCUAACCUUCAGGACCAAAAAGUACAACAAUAUCUAUAUUUUAGACCAAUCCUGAAGGCACCCAGCUGACAAUAACCGCAGUAGGUCGCGCUGACCAUGGUACUUACACCUGUAUGGCUGGCAAUGCCGUUGGAUCAAUGACAGCAUCAGCCAAAUUGACCAUAGAAUGGUCCCAACUAGACUAUGUGGAUAAGACAAUCGACCAAACAUUGUUGGAGACCGUUGUCGCAACUGCCAAAAGCAAUAUUCAAGAGUGAGUCAUUAUGUCAUAUGGUACAUUUUAACAAAAAAUACCAUAUAAAUGACCAGUUUUCAUCACAAAAUGUCAUCUUACAGUAGCUCCAUUACUUAAAAAUUCCUUUCAGAGCAGAAGAAAAGACCAAAAGCGACCUCCGAUCAACCAUCAAUGACCCAAAACAAUUGAUGCGACACUUCACUUUUGCCAUAAAACGACCGGUCGAACUAACCCGAGCUCGCGAGGUCUACGAGCAAUCGCUGCGACUAAUCGAGAAGCACAUCGAGCAAGGUCUACACUUCAAACCAACAGACAUCCCCACCAACGUGUCAUACGAGUCCGUCCUCAGCGUGACGCACAUCCAGACCUUGAUGGAGCUCUCUGGCUGUAUGAAUGGCCAGUUCCAAGACGCUUGUGAGGACAUGUGCUUCCACUCAAAGUACAGAAGUUACACUGGCCAGUGCAACAACUUUGAACAUCCCACCUGGGGCGUGAGUCAGAUGCCGUUCAGAAGACUGCUACAGCCAAUGUACGAGAAUGGCUUCAACACUCCAAUAGGCUGGGAUCCACACAAACUCUACUUCGGAUACAAGAAGCCGAAUGCCAGAAGUGUGUCACAACAUCUGGUCAAGGCGGAACAAGUCGAUUCACAUUCGCUUUACACUGGCAUGCUUAUGCAGUGGGGACAGUUCUUGGGUAAGCAAUGUUAUGAGAAUCACUAGAAAAUUGUACUAGUAUUUAAUAUAGUUAACAGAUCAAAGUAAAAUGAAGCAGGAAAGAGUUAUAAUAUGUAAAAAACCAAUACUUUACUUUAAAAACCUUUUCCAGACCACGAUAUCACAUUCAAAGCCCCAGCCUUAGCCAGGCAGACCUAUUCAGGCGGAGCGAUAUGCAAUAGAACUUGUGAGAAUAUUGAUCCUUGCUUUAAUAUCCCACUACCCGAAGAUGAUCCUAGAAGAAAGUAAGCCUUAUAAACUCUGUAUUACCAACAAAAAGAUAAAUAGCUUUGCUGACCAUCAUUAUACAGGUCCUGAAGCUUGUUUACUUGAACAUUUGGACAAUUUUGAACUAGUAUAUCCUUUAUAGGCUAUGAUACACUUUAAGUGAUGCUACUGACGUUUAAAGACAAGCACUAGGCUUAGUCGAUAUAAUAUAAAACUAGAGUAUAAAGACCCACUGAUGAUCAUGAUAAUUUCGUUUCAGGACCGAAAAAUUCCCAUGCAUAGAAGUGGAACGAUCGGCGGCCAUUUGUGGCUCUGGUGAAACCUCGCCCAUCUUCAGACAAGUGACAUUCCGAGAACAAACUAAUACUGUAAGUUUAUAUUAACUGUAGGAAGAUCCAAAUCUUAUUCAAAAUCACUAUACUAAACCCAAACCUAUUUCAGAUCACCAGCUACAUCGAUGCCUCAAACGUCUACGGCUCAACAGAAGUGGACGCUCUCGAUCUGCGCGAUCUCUUUGGCGAUCACGGUCUUCUUCGCUUCGACAUCGUCUCAAACAGUCAGAAACCAUACAUGCCAUUCGAAAAGGACUCGGCAAUGGAAUGCCGUCGUAACACGUCCCGUGACAACCCCAUCCGAUGUUUCUUGGCCGGCGAUGGCCGAGCCAAUGAACAGAUCGCCCUAACAAGCAUGCACACGGUCUGGUUCAGAGAACAUAAUAGGAUCGCCGGAGAGCUACUGGAGAUGAAUCCGGACUGGAAUGGAGAGAGAAUCUACCAUGAAGCCAGGAAGAUCAUCGGCGCCAUGAUGCAGCAUAUUACUUAUGAACAUUGGCUGCCUAAAGUCCUCGGCAUGGUAUGUUGUUUAUGGUCAUUUUAGGUUGAGAAAGAGCUUGAAUACAACAAGAUAAUAUCAGAAUAUUAAGAUUAAAAAAUCCUAAGUUAUACUAUUAUGUUUUCUUACAAAGAACGUAAUUUCAGGACGGAUACAAGCGUUACAUUGGCCCAUACAUGGGCUACAAACCUGACGUUGACCCUCAAGUCACAAACGAAUUUGCUACAGCUGCCUUCAGAUUCGGACACACCAUCAUCAACCCCAUUUUUUCUAGGUAAUGCUAAAAAAGGUUUUACUAGCUUUUGAAAUCAAAAGUCAACCUUGUUAAAGCGAUAUUAUACACCUUUAUAACAUGCUAGCUACUAUAACAUAAUUUCAAGAUUGCUAUCCGAAAACUAAACAUACCUUUUCCAGACUUGACACUGAAUUCAAGACGAUAAAAGAAGGCGAUCUACCACUUCCAGAAGCCUUCUUUGCUCCAGAAAGACUAAUCUCUCAAGGUGGUAUUGAUCCUCUCCUUCGAGGAUUGUUUGCCACGCCUAUGAAACGUCCAAGUCCAUCUAAACUUCUAACUGAUGCUCUAACAGAACGUCUCUUCUACAGGUCGGAAAACGUCUCCAUGGACUUGGCAGCCAUCAACAUUCAACGCGGACGCGAUCACGGGCUUCGAGGGUAAGAUCAUAGAUCUUUAUGAUAAAAUCGUCGUUUUAUACAGUUAAAACCGCCUUAAUUUAAAUCACAUAACAGUUAAAAGAAUCACAAUGAACUAACUGAGCUUUUAGAUACCUAGAAUACCGUGAAUUCUGCAACCUCACCGUGCCCAAGACCUGGGAAGACCUGAUGGUAGACGUCAAGGAUGAGAUGGUCCUGGAGAAACUCAAAACUUUGUACGGACAUCCAGGAAACAUCGAUCUGUGGGUUGGUGGAAUCAUUGAGAAGGUUGUCCCAGGUGCUCUAGUCGGUCCCACCUUUGCCUGCAUCAUUGGCGAGAGCUUCAAAGCCAUGAGAGAUGGCGAUCGCUUCUGGUGAGCUAAAACAAUAUAAACUAAAGCGAAUUUAGGUACGAAAACCCUGGAAUCUUCACUCAACUCCAAUUACAACAGCUCAGGAAGACUACUCUGGCCAAGGUUUUGUGCAACAACGGCGAUAACAUCACUCAAGUUCAGGUAAAUGAAGCGAUAUGUUAUAGUAGGUUCAAAUCGUAAAAUUUGAAAGAAAACAAAAAAAAGUGAAUUGAGAUAAAUACUAGUAAAAUGGACCAUUUGUACCCAUUUUGGUUAUCAUUUACUGAAAGUUUUACAUAUCUAAACGAAAUGCCACACAUUUUACUUAUCAUUAGCUAUUACUGGUUUUCGUUUUAGGACUCAUUUAUUGAUAAUAUGUUUAUGUUUUUCUCGUAAUAAACGAGAAUUUUUACAUAAAUAUUGUGUAUUUAUCACCUAAAAUACUAUUUUCAGAGAGAUGUGUUCAAAUACAUGGGGAUGGGCACCAAAUUCUACGGAAAAUGCGACGAUAUUCCUGAUGUCGAACUGAAGAUGUGGAUGUCGUGUUGCGAUGAAGCUUGCCAAGCCCGAGAAGAUCCUAUUUCAGAGUCGAUGAGGAAGUCGAGGAAACGACGAUCCCGACAUCUAUACGGAUCUUCUGAAGAGCUUCAAACUGGAGCCGAAUGCGAAUUUGAUGGAGUUCGAAAAAGAGAUGGUUCUCAAUGGAAACCUGAUCAAUGUACAGAAUGUGAAUGUAAUCGGGGCAAAGUUUGGUGCCAUACUGAUGCUCAAUGUUUGAAGAAACUGUAA